AUGUUAAUAUUUUAUAUAUAUAAAAUUGAUAUUUUUUUAGUUUUUAAAAAUGAAUAUAUUUUAUUUUUAAGAUAUAAAAUAUUUAUAAACUUAAUCUAUUAAAUUUUUAAGAUCAAAUUAGUAUAUAUUAAGUAAAUAUAUAAAAUUUAGUAUUUAAGAAAAUGUUUAUUGCUUAUAAUAUCUAUUAAACAAAAAUAUUUUCAAUAAUUUUAUCUUUAAAAUAUUAGAGAAUAAGAAUAGUUUUUAAGAAUAAAUGCAAUUUAUUUUUAAACAAAAAUUCCAGGACAUGCAAAUUAAAUUUUUAUAAUGAAGCUUUAGCACUUAUAUUUGCUACUCACAUAGACAGCCAUAUUAUCUGAUAAGCUGUGCAUACACUAUAACCUGCAUAGAAACGAGAAUCACCACUAUAGUAAAAGUGAACCCUUUAAUUAAUACAUAAUGUGUCUAUAAGGAAGUGCAGUAAGAAAAGGACAAGAACGUUAUAUCAUAUAUCUAUAUUAGCAACAGUAUUUUAUACAGUUACACAGACAAAAGAUCUUUUUGCUUAACAAGCUAUGUAUGAGCACGCACCUGCAUUAAAAAGACGAGCUCGAUUAUAGAAAAAGUGAGAUAUACAAUUAGCAAAUUCUGGGAUUACUGCUAUAUAAUUUGCAAGAACUACUUAAUUAUCAGCUUAUCUACAUAUAUUUUAGUUUCAGUAAGAGCAGGACAUUGCUAAUUAUUAAAAUAGUUAAUAGAUAAUGA